GAGGCGCCUUGCUGCUACUCUCGAAGACCACUCGGGUCUGGCGCCUCCUGACGGAGCAAAGGCCACCCGCAGCCAGGGGAAGGCUGCCCCGCCGUCCCGCAGCCCUGCCCGCUGGCCUCCGCGUGCAAAAGUUGCAUCUGCCCGGUGCCCUUCCCCAGCGCUGCCAUCCUGUGCGUGCAGUUCCCACAGCCUUGGCACCCAACCUGCUGCGCUUAGCGGCCGCUUGCACUGAAUCCUCAGCCUCUCUGUGGGCACAAGGUGCCAGGAUGUCUCAGUGGUGUGAGCUUCAACAGCUUGAUUCCAAAUUCUUGGAGCAGGUUCACCAGCUGUAUGAUGAUAGCUUUCCCAUGGAAAUCAGACAGUAUCUGGCCCAGUGGCUAGAAAAACAAGACUGGGAGCAUGCUGCCAAUGAUGUCUCGUUUGCCACCAUCCGUUUCCACGACCUCCUAUCACAGUUGGAUGAUCAAUACAGUCGCUUUUCUUUGGAGAAUAACUUUUUGUUGCAACAUAAUAUAAGGAAAAGCAAGCGUAAUCUUCAGGACAAUUUUCAAGAAGAUCCAGUUCUGAUGUCAAUGAUAAUUUGUAAAUGUCUGAAGGAGGAAAGGAAGAUUUUGGAAAAUGCUCGAAGAUUUAAUCAGGCGCAGUCGGGGAAUAUUCAGAACACCGUGAUGUUAGACAAACAGAAGGAGCUUGACAACAAAGUCAGAAAUGUCAAGGAACAAGUUAUGAAUAUAGAGCAUGAAAUCAAGACCCUAGAAGAUUUACAAGAUGAAUACGACUUUAAAUGCAAAACCGCACAGAACCGAGAAAUUGAAACCAACAGUGUGGCAAAGAACGACCAGAAACAAGAACAGCUGGUUCUGAAGCAGAUGUUUCUAAUGCUUGACAGUAAGAGAAAGGAAAUAGUGCACAAAAUAAUAGAGCUGUUGAAUGCUGCUGAACUUACCCAGAAUAGCCUGAUUAAUAAUGAGCUAGUGGAGUGGAAGCGGAGACAGCAGAGUGCCUGUAUUGGGGGACCUCCCAAUGCUUGCCUGGACCAGCUGCAGAACUGGUUCACCACCGUUGCAGAGAGUCUGCAGCAGGUCCGUCAGCAGCUUAAAAAGCUGGAGGAGUUAGAACAGAAGUAUACCUAUGACCAGGAUCCCAUCACAAAGAACAAAACGGUGCUGUGGGACCGCACUUUCGCUCUGUUCCAGCAACUGAUUCAGAGCUCUUUUGUGGUGGAAAGACAGCCCUGCAUGCCAACUCACCCUCAGAGGCCGUUGGUCUUGAAGACUGGGGUACAGUUCACUGUGAAACUGAGGCUGUUGGUGAAAUUACAAGAGCUGAAUUAUAAUUUGAAAGUCAAAGUCUUAUUUGAUAAAGAUGUGAAUGAGAAGAAUACAGUAAAAGGUUUUCGUAAGUUCAACAUUUUGGGCACCCAUACGAAAGUGAUGAACAUGGAGGAGUCCACCAAUGGAAGUCUGGCAGCUGAAUUUCGACACCUGCAACUGAAAGAGCAAAAAAAUGCUGGCAACAGAACAAAUGAGGGUCCUCUUGUUGUUACUGAAGAGCUUCACUCCCUUAGUUUUGAGACCCAGUUGUGCCAGCCAGGCUUGGUUAUUGACCUUGAGACAACUUCCCUGCCUGUUGUGGUGAUCUCCAAUGUCAGCCAGCUCCCCAGUGGUUGGGCCUCUAUCCUGUGGUACAACAUGCUGAUGGCAGAACCCAGGAAUCUGUCCUUCUUCCUGAAUCCCCCCUGUGCACGAUGGUCUCAAGUUUCAGAGGUGCUGAGUUGGCAAUUUUCAUCUGUCACCAAAAGAGGUCUCAAUGCAGAUCAGCUGAACAUGUUAGGGGAGAAGCUUCUUGGUCCUAAUGCUAGCCCUGAUGGUCUUAUUCCAUGGACAAGAUUUUGUAAGGAAAAUAUUAAUGAUAAAAAUUUUUCCUUUUGGCUUUGGAUUGAAAACAUCUUAGAACUCAUUAAGAAACACCUGCUCUCUCUCUGGAAUGAUGGUUGCAUUGUGGGCUUUAUCAGCAAGGAACAAGAACGUGCUCUGCUCAAAGACCAGCAGCCAGGGACGUUCCUGCUGAGGUUCAGCGAGAGCUCCCGGGAAGGGGCCAUCACAUUCACAUGGGUGGAGCGGUCCCAGAAUGGAGGCGAACCUGAAUUUCAUGCAGUUGAACCCUACACCAAAAAAGAACUUUCUGCUGUUACUUUCCCUGAUAUUAUUCGCAAUUACAAAGUUAUGGCUGCUGAGAAUAUUCCAGAGAAUCCCCUGAAGUAUCUGUAUCCAAAUAUUGACAAAGACCAUGCCUUUGGAAAAUAUUACUCAAGGCCAAAGGAAGCUCCAGAACCAAUGGAACUGGAUGGUCCUAAAAGAACUGGCUACAUCAAGACUGAGUUGAUUUCUGUGUCUGAAGUCCAUCCUUCUAGACUACAGACCACAGAUAACUUGCUCCCCAUGUCCCCAGAGGAGUUUGAUGAAGUAGCGCGGAUUAUGGGCCCUGUAGAAUUUGACAGUAUGAUGACCACAGUGUAAACGUGAAUUCCUAUCAUCUUCUCUGGAGACACUUUCUUCCAAUGUGUGAUUUCUCCUGCUACUCUGUUCCUUCAUAUGCUGUGUUUCUAGGGAAAUGAAAGAACAAGAGUUUUGCUACAAACUGUUGAUAGCAAGUGGAUAUUUCCCUAAUUCUGAAACAUGUUACUUUGAAGGGCUUCAUUAUCUUCUUGAAGGUUCAAUGGAAAGAAAAGCACUCUAUGCAGAGUGGAAUUUGCAAAUGGAAAAUAUCCAGAUACACUGAAAGCAUCAAGACUAGAAUGAGAUUCCUUUGGGAAAGGUGAGAAGCGUGCUAACAUCUAGCAACUGUAGGUCAUUGGCUAGAUCCAUGGAUAUUUAGGUACCAAUUUAAUGUAGUGAUGGUAAAUUUGUUUUAGAGAAUUCUUAUGUGUUGUCUCUGCUUUAAAUAUGAUUGGAAGUUUUCCAUUACUAUACAUGUGACAUAAUUCACAGUCAAGUUUAUAUCCGAUGACAUAAUAUUUUGUCAACAUUAGCCAUCCUACUACUGAGUAGGAGAAAAACACCUUAUUUUCUUAAACUUGAAAUUUGACAUGUAGACAGACAUAGAAAUUUAAGGGGUUAACUUGUUUUAUUGCUAUCAGUCUGUAGUCUAUUACUCACAAUAUUGAGAAAGGAGUAGAGAAAAUAAUAACUAAAUAACUUGAAUCAUUCACCAGAGAUAAUGGGAGAGUCAAAUGAUCAAAACCCAAGUUUUGUGUAACUGCCUUGAGAACUUCAUGUUUUUGCUGAUUAAUAUGUAUUUCUGACAAAUUAUAUUUGCAAAUGGUCCCGUGA